AGUGCAAGGCAACAAGGACAUGCAAAGACUGUAUGCACAGCACAAGCAUAUAUUUCCUCAUUAGAGAACAGGGCACAGUUAUCCUAUGUCUCACAGGACACUACAGGCACAAAAUACUCACACCAGGCAGAGGCAAAGUCACACACACACCGUCUAUGCUCACACUCAAAGCACAAAGUCACUCAGAGGUCCACUCAGAAACACAGGAGGUAUGGCCCAACUUGCAAGGCACAACUCAUGACUCACAGUGCGACGCAGAAGGCUGUGGCUGAACACUGCGAAGUCUCUCUCAGCUGCACUUCCCAACACCGAGUCAUCCUGCCACUCACAGUAGAGGAGUAUCAAGUAGCGCAGCUGUACAGUGUAGCUGAAGCAAGUAAGAAUGAGACUGGAGGAGGGGAGGGUGUCGAGGUGCUGAAAAAUGAACCGUUUGACAACUAUCCCCUGCUGGGCAACAGAUACAGCAGUGGCCAGUACACCUACAAAAUAUACCACCUUAAAAGCAAAGUGCCCGGGUUCAUCCGCAUCCUGGCGCCUGAAGGGUCUCUAGAGGUGCACGAGGAGGCCUGGAAUGCUUACCCUUACUGCCGAACCAUCAUCUCUAAUCCGGGCUAUAUGAAGGAAGGGUUUCACAUCACAAUAGAAACCCUCCAUGCCCCGGGUGACGGUCAGCUGGAGAACAAUCCUGGCUAUAUGAAGAAAAACUUUAUCAUUUGCAUUGAGACCCUUCAUGCACCUGAUAUGGGGACCAUGGAAAAUGCUCAUGAACUCACUGGAGAAAAGUAUAAGAUGCGGGAAGUGGUGCCCAUUGACAUCUCCAAUGAUCCUGUCAAGACUGCAGACUACAAGGUAGAUGAGGACCCCACCAAGUUCAAAUCUGAAAAGACUGGCCGAGGUCCAUUGAUAGGCCCAGAGUGGUGGAAAAAGUGUGACCCAGUCAUGACAUGCUACAAGCUGGUAACUUGUGAAUUCAAAUGGUUUGGUCUUCAGUCCCGUGUGGAGAAGUUUAUCCAGGAUGUUGAGCGCAGACUAUUUACAAACUUCCAUAGGCAAGUGUUUUGUUGGAUGGACCGAUGGCAUGGGAUGACAAUGGACGACAUUCGCCGGUUAGAGGACAAAACUAAGCAAGAACUUGACAAACAAAGAAAGGUUGGUGAAGUACGAGGCACCAGAAGUGAAUAAGUCAGUAUUCCAGACACAUAACUGUUGCAAGAGGACCGUAAUGCUUCAAGUACAUCUGCUGUCUUUAGGGAAGGUCUCGUGAGCUGACGCUGGAAGGUCCCACAUAACACGGUGCAGGAUGGUAGAGCAGAGCUACAUAGUGUAAUGCCCUAUAAUUGAGUACUAGUUGUUGUGGAUAGGUUUUACUGUGAAUUUAAUUGAAUAUCAGUGUGUUACUAUGAACAUAUUUGUUGGAGUGGAUUAUAAAGUCUAUAGGGAGGUGUAUUUAUUAUGUAAGACAUUAUCUGGUGGCUCAUGUCCAACUGACAACAAAAAAGAUGAGUCAUUAUUGUUACCAUGAUGACAAUAAUAAUAAUUAUUAUUAUUAUUA